CGAAUGCGCUGUCGGACCGGCUGUGGCUCGGCCCCCAUUCAUCUCUCUCUCUCGCUCAGUCUCCUCUCCCUUCCCUGCCUCUCUCCUCGCCAGUGAUUGACAGUUGCGUUUGCGAGUAGAGCCGGACAGGCGCAGAUCAUGUGUCCGUGAUUCGACAGGUCUGCCCUCCUCCUCAUGUGAGUGUGAUUGCAUGCCUAUGCGCCGGCGAAUUCAUCGCAGUGUGGCCGCUGUGCAGGCGAAAACUUUCGACUACUACUGUCCUCGGCCUUCCUCCUCCUGACGCUCGCGCGAAUCCAGCCGUAAUUUACGACCGGGGGACCCCAUCAGAGAAAGAGAACCUUAGCCAGCAAGAGUGGAUGGCGCAGCCGAGGUACGACGACGGACUGCACGGGUACGGGGCAGUGAGUGCGGCAGCAGCAGCAGCAGCUGCAGCGGCAGCGGCCGCCAGCGGUUGGGGACCAGGACCCGGCGGUGGAAGCUCCGGCGCUGGAUCCGUCCUCGGAUCGGACGGCGGGCUUUACGAUCAGCCCCGGAUCCCUGUGUCCAUGCCCCCCAUGAAUCAUGUGAUGGGCUCUGUGCCCGACGUCCACAAGCGGGACAAAGAUGCCAUUUACGGGACCAAAGAGCUCCGGUAG